AAAAUCUCAGCAUUCAUAAAUCGUAGCUGAUGGAAGCACAACACGCGUGUGUUCACGCUUCUUCACGCCGAUAUUAAUGCUUUUCCUCGUCAUCGCGCUCUUGUUGACAUCCGUUAAUUCCGCCCUACGCCCAACUCCCUCGGCUGAAACUUGCCUUUUUGGCCUCUCUGUUCGGUAUACGACAAAGUGAAGUAGUGAAGUGCCAGGCCUCUGCUAGUACGUUCCAGAAACAGGGCUGGUUGACGGGUCAUUUGCGUUUUACCUGUUGAAAGCUAGUGUCAGCAUAGGCUAUCAUGCCGAAAGAACUUUUGCAUUGCUACCGCCUGGGCUGUGGGCAGAAAUUCGACCCUGAAGAAAAUCAGGAAGAUUCCUGCACGUUCCAUGCUGGACAACCUGUUUUUCACGAUGCGUAUAAAGGAUGGUCCUGUUGUAACAAGAAAUGUACUGAUUUCACGGAAUUCCUCAACAUUCGGGGUUGUAGCAGCUCUUUCCACAGCAACGAAAAGCCGCCUGAACCUGAAAAGCCAGUUGUAGAUAAGUCGAAGGCUGAUGAGGUGAUUGUUGUGAGACCACCUGUCCAAGAGAGUUUGCCUCGUCCACCUCUUACUACUCCUCUUACUACCCUGAAGACUGAGAUAUCACCUUCAGUAAAGCAGCAGCUAGAAACUCUUCAAAAAUCUGAUGAUUCUUCUGAUCAAAUUGUUGGGGAUGGUACACCUCCUAUUGGAACAACUUGCAAAAAUGGCGGGUGUAAAGCUAGUUAUGAAGGAAUUCAAUCAGUUGAUGACCAAUGCCUUCACCACCCUGGAUUUCCUGUUUUUCAUGAAGGUAUGAAGUUCUGGAGCUGUUGCGUGAAACGCACGUCAGAUUUCAACGCAUUUUUAGACCAGGCAGGCUGCUCUAGUGGGAAACAUGUCUGGUUCAAGAAGGAGUCUAAGGCUGGCGUAAAAUGCAGAUAUGACUGGCAUCAAACUGGCAGUCAUGUGGUAGUCUCUGUUUUUGCCAAAAAGUAUGACCCAUUCAAAUCUUUUGUAAAGUUAAACCCAAUAAGACUUGUAAUCCAUAGUUACUUCCCAGAAAGUGAUGGGUCGUUCGAUUUAGAUUUGGAAUUAGUUGGAGUUGUUAAUGUAGAUCAAAGCAGUGUAUCAAUGCUGGGUACCAAAAUUGAGGUGAAGCUAAAGAAAGCAGAAGUAGGUGCAUGGAAGAAUCUUAACAUCCCUAAGACUAGUGUUCAAUCUGAAACUUCUACCGACAAACCAGAAGAUAUUCCUUCAACACUAGAGAGCAGAGUAGAUGCUGUUGACUUGAGUGAUCUGUAGAUCUGUACAAUGAAUACUGGAUACUUUUCAAAGCAAAUAUGUUGCUAUUUUUUACUGUUAAACUUAAUUUUAUUAAUUUUUUUAUGAAACAGCAUUUAAGGUCAGUUUGUGGUUUAAAAAUAUAGCAUUCUUGCCAAGAAUUCUUGUAAAAGGAAAUUAACUUAAGCACAAACCUUCUAUGCAUGUAUGCGUGAACUGAAAUCAUACAAAACCUGUUACUCUAUGUGUUAAAUAAAUUAAUUGUCUUUGGUGA